GGCUUGAGACCUGGAAUAGGGGUGACAGGACAGGUUUCAUGUUGCACGGACUGGAUAUCAUAUUAUCCAUUGUCACUGAUAGUGUAUAUGUAUCUGGGGCCUUUGCCGGGACCGGAAGGCAAAGAGCGAGCAGGUUUCGUAUGCGCCUCUUGCGUUUUCACCGGGAACCGGAGAACGCAUGAGAGAAGUGUUUUGCAAGGGAGGGGUCCCGUGAUUCAGGAUGGAGCCGGGCUGUGUGCAUGCAACUAUGGCUACGGUAGAUGUCUCGAAGACAGCUACGUCUCGGAACGUGGCGGUAGAACGCAAGAACCUCAUAACCGUGUGCAGGUUCUCGGUGAAAACUCUGCUGGAGAAGACCACGGCUGAGCCCAUCGACGACACAUCUGAGGAGUUCAUCAACCUGGCCUCCAUCUUGGAGCACAUCCUGAGCCAUUGCUUCAAAGGGACGGGAAGCUGGUUUGACGGACAGCGUAGCUACUGGGACUUCAUCCGUCUGGCCUGUAGCAAAGUUCCCAACAGCUGCAUCAGCAGCAUAGAGAACAUGGAGAACAUCAGUUCCUCCCGUGCCAAGGGCAGAGCCUGGGUCCGCGUGGCCCUAAUGGAGAAGAGGCUGUCGGAGUACAUAGCCACGGCUCUGAGGGACAGCAGAACCACCCGAAGGUUCUAUGCAGAGGGAGCCAUCAUGCUGAGAGAAGAAGCCACAGUGCUGACUGGGAUGCUGAUAGGUCUUGGAGCCCUAGACUUCAGUUUCUGCUUGAAAGGGGAGGCCCUGGAUGGGAAAUCAUCAGCUGUGAUUGACUACACCCCCUACCUGAAGUUCACCCAGAGCUAUGACUACCAAAGUGAUGAGGAUGACAGGCGUAGCCUUGACAGCAGCACCAGCGACGACAGCGCCCCAGAGCAUCCCUACGUUCCCUUGGUGACGGACGAGGAGAGCUGGAGCACCAAAUGCCGCAAGAUGGAGCAGAGGUUCAAGAUUGUCUAUGCUCAGAAGGGCUACCUGGAGGAGCUGGUGCGUCUGCGGGAGAGCCAGCUGGAGAGGGCGGAGGCAGAGGCCCGCAGACUGAGUGCUCGUCUGGACAGGCUGCAGCAGCACAGCCUGCAGGAGAGGAGAGAGCUGGAGGCCAUCAUACUGGAGCUGCAGGAGCAGCUGACAAGCCUGAUUCCAUGUGACUCCAACCAUUUGUCCAAAGACUUGUCAAUCCCUCUGGUCAACCAAUGGCCAGUGCUCCAGCCCUUCAACAACCAUGAAGAGGGAAAGUUGUUCCACAGGAGGAGCCCUCCCAGCCCUGAGCUGCUGUCAGUGGAGAUCAGCCUGGACUCCGACUCCCAGCAGGCAGAAAACAAACACAACCCCGAGACAUGGGGCACCGCAGGUGAGGCCUUCCCUCGCUCCCUGGAGGCUCUGCAGGGCUCGCUGGUCUCUCUGCCCGGCUGCAAGUCUCUCUCCAGCCUGCGCUCCAGCGAGUGCCUGGUCCACAUCAGCACUGAGAACAGCCCUGCCCUCUCGCCCAGCUAGGAGGCGCUAGAGGGCCCCUCCAGACACUGUCAGCUCCAACCUCCUUGACAAACAAGACUACUGCUGGAAGAACAGGACGUUCUACAGUUCGGUUCUCCGAGAUCCUCUCCUCUCUCCACCUCGGCUCCAGAAGCUGCCCUUGAGGCUCAGACUAAGCCUUGUCUGACCUCCUGUCCAGACUGGGAGAGCUGCCAUCCCUGACUGAGGGACUGUGGGUGUACCGGUGUGUUGGGACUCCAUGGUGUCAACCUCCCCGUAGUAGAGCUGCAGAGUUGCCCCUUCGUUGUGUCAGUGUUGCUGGAUCCUCUGGCAUGCCCAGGAACUGCUUGCUGUGGUACAGGCUGAGCAAAGCCAUUACAUCCUGCAUCCAUAUUCCUCUGACCAACACAUGUAACCUUGCUAGGGUUGGGGAACUGUAUUAACCUGUCGGUCCAUUUGUCUUUGUCAGAUCAGUCUGUCGGUAGAACCAGGGUGUCCUCAGCCAACUAUGGCAUCGCUGGAGCUAGUGUGUGUGUGUCUGUGAGAUCAUUCAGAACAAACAUCAUUCUAUACUGUUAUUACAUUAUUACUGGUAGAGUCAACCAAGAAGGAAAAGAUCCAUAGGAUUCUGGUGGAGAGGGACGAUAAGGAGAGUAACUGAAUGAUUGUAAUAGUGUCCCCUAUGCUGGCACGGCAUGAGUGUUCUCUUGUGUUCAGUCACAGCCUGUAUCCAGGUUUACAGGUUAUGGCUGAAACUGUGAAGAAAUACCGUCUUGGUCAUUGAACAAAACUGUUUUAGUGUGUUCCAACCAGAGAUUCUCUCAUCCUCUGUCCUCUGCCCGCCUAGCCACAGGGUUUGAGAGAGCAGUCUCAGGAAGGAAGGUUUUUUGAUGAUUGCCGAGUGUAGAUUUGAAUUUCUUCGGUGUACUAUUUUUCUGUUGCUUUAUGAUUUCUUUAUGGUCACCGAUGACAUUUAAUUUAUAUUGAUUGUGUUAUUCUCUGUCUUGAAAGGGGAUUUGGAGCUUGAGGAGGAAUCAUGUCAUUUAAAAACUGCAAUAAAAACUGCCUUUGG